UUUUCUGACCCACUCGAACAUCGGGCGUUCCUAAAAUUCCGCUUGGCUCAAGCAUAUCGCAUCUUUGCAGGAAAGUACGGUUUUGAUGAAGGGGUCGCUGGACAUAUUACUGUCCAGGACCCGAUCAGAAAAGACUUUACUGUUGCGGGGCCACAGGGUGUUCAUUUCAAGUUCAUGCAGCCUGAGGACCUCAUUCUCGUGGACCAAGCAGGGAAUAUACAGGAAAAUGAAUCUGGACCUUCCCGGUGGCUCAACGGGGUGGCGUUCCUGAUCCAUUCAGCGAUUCAUCAAGCUCGCCCGGAUGUUGUCUGCAUUGCGCAUUCGCAUACUACGUAUGCUAAGGCAUUCGGCACUCUUGGGAUACCUCUUGAUCCCCUUACUCAGGACAGCUGUGCGUUUUAUAAGGAUCAUGCUUUGUAUGACGAAUUCAAUGGCAUUGUCGAUGAUAUCGAGGAAGGUGUGGCCAUAGCGAAUGCUCUUGGUUCGAAAAAGGCUGUCAUCCUCCAGAACCACGGGAUCCUUGUUUCCACCGAGUCGAUUGAAUCUACCGUUUAUUUUUUCAUCUCUUUGGAAAAGUGCUGCCAGGCUCAAAUGACAGCGGACCAGGCCGCCGCUGCUCGUGGAAUAAAAACACGUCUUAUUGACCCAGCAAGUGCGGCCCAGACAUACGAAUACCUUGGAUCUGAGUUGUGGGGCAACUUUGCCGGAAUGCCCGAGUUCGAUCUUUUGGAGCAGGAAGAAGGAAAGAGAUUCGAGUAUGUACCUGCACCCAAGGAACCGCGUAGCUCAGUGACUCAAGGUCACGGUUGUUGA